AUGAUAAGCUCCCCGCACGCCAUUGUAGCCCAAAAAAAAAAAACCUUCCCUCCUGAUCUCCGACCUCCAGAAUCUCUAAAACUCCAAACCAAACCAAAAAAAAAAAAAAAGGCCAGCAAUCUCCUCCCCCUCCGCCCCGCCGUCGUCUACGCCUCAUCCAACCCGGACCUCAACAACCGCCGGAGGCAGCUUCCCCCAUCCUCCUCCGCCUCGCCGAAAUGGUGGUCCCCUCUCUUCGGCUGGUCCUCCGAGCCGGACGCUCCCGCGAGCCAGCCGGCGGCCGAUCAGGACGAGAAUCGGCCGGAUCUGGAUGCGAAGCAGGCCAGAUCUCGAUUCUCCCCCGGUUGCUUCACCGCCGAGAAGGCCAAGCAGCUCCGGAUGCUGACCUCGGGGACGUCGUCGCACCACGAUGCGAUGUACCACUCCGCCAUCGCCUCCCGCCUCGCCUCCGACUUCAACAGCAAGAACAGCAACAGCUCCUCCUAG